GCUUCAGCCGACGAGGGAACCUUUUCGGCCGUUUCCGAACCGAAUACAGUGGCGUCUCUUUACGUACAGAGACGCUGGAGGUAAACGUUGCAUAGCGCUACGCAGUCUUGGUUUUACAUUUUACUACGUUCCACCAAUCGCAUUGCCCCAUCAAUGCCGCUGGAAGGUCACCGUAAGCAUCAGACUUCUUUCUGGCAAGCGAAGAACGUCGGCCUUUGGCUGAUCUCAUGAAGCUGUGGGGUGCCUGUUGUCAAUGCACCAGAAGGGGUAGCAUGAUAGUAAUGCAAAGCCCACAAGCUGAUCACGGCAGGCCAUAAAUACAGUUCACGCCCAUGUCUUGAAUGCAGCUCGCUCCAUCUUCUCUUUGGACUCGCAAGGCUGACUAGCAGAAUGGACACCUCCGAGUCAAAUCCUCCUCCUAUACCAAGCGAAACAUCGCCUCUGGUCCCAGCAGGGACCUCAAAAAAGCCUAAAACGCCUCUUCCAAAACUCCAGAUAGGCAUACUUAUGACAUUGCGACUUGUCGAACCUAUCGCUUCGAUGUCCAUAUUUCCAUACAUCAAUCAGCUUAUCAGAGAACUUGGCAUCACUGGAGGUGAUUAUGCGGCUGUAGGAUAUUAUGCUGGAAUAAUUGAAUCACUGUUUUUCGUCGUACAGACACUGACAGUGCUGAGAUGGAGUCGGUUGUCUGACCGCAUUGGACGCAAGCCAGUGUUACUAGUGGGGCUAUCAGGAACUUGCAUCUCGAUGUUAUGUUUCGGUCUCUCGACGACGUUCUGGGGCCUUGUCAUUAGCCGCUGCAUGUGCGGUUUACUGAACGGCAAUGUUUCCGUCAUGAAGACUAUGUUGGGCGAAUUGACGGACUCUACGAAUAUGGCUCAGGGUUUUGCCUUGCUUCCAAUAAUGUGGUGCAUUGGAGGCUUUCUUGGUCCUUUAAUAGGUGGAACGCUCGCGCGUCCACAAGAUAACUGGCCCAGAUUGUUCGCUCAUCCAUUUUGGAACAAAUACCCCUAUUUUCUACCUUGUGCGGUGUCUGCUUGUGGUUUUUUACUGGGUUUUUUCGUCGUGUUAUUUUUCUUAGAAGAAACACUAUCAAGCAAGCGUCGACGAAAGUUGACAACUACUCUAGGCGUUUCAAAUGGUGCCGACAGUGAGAAUCGAGAGGACCUUUCACAAACAUCUAACAUGCCCAUGCGAUCUCUGCUCACACCUACCGUUAUCAUUCCGAUUGCAAACUACGCCAUGCUCGCCUUGCUUGACAUUGCUCUCAUGGCUCUUUUGCCGCUGUUUCUUUCUACGCCUGCCUAUCUCGGUGGUCUUGGUUUUACUCCUUCUCGUAUUGGUCUGUGGAUGGCGAUAUAUGCUAUGGCGGAUGGUAUUUUCCAGGCACUAUUCUUUGCCAAGAUUGUCGACUGGAUUGGUCCAAAGCGUCUCUUUUGUGUGUCCGUGUCGUGCUUCAUGCCAAUCAUGCUCAUGUUUCCGAUCAUGUCGUGGCUGAUACACACCAGAGGAGUGGUUGAUCAUGCAAUCACAUUUAUAUUUAUUAGCCAAUUAGCGCUGACGGCUAUGUGGGAUAUGGCAUACGGGACUGUAUUCAUGUUUAUCACGGCCUCUGCCCCUACAAAGAAUGUUCUUGGCGCUGUCAAUGGUCUUGGUCAAACCUCCGUGUCCAUGGCUCGUGUCGUUGGGCCUGCAUUUGCAACCUCGCUUUUUGCAUUCUCAAAGGAACACAAUAUUCUCAACGGAAACGCAGUCUAUGUUGUCUUUAUUGUGCUGGCUGGUGUACUGAGGUGGCUAGGGUCACAAUUGCCAGAUAAAAUACAAGAUAGGGAUGAGUGAUUCGCAAGUUAUUUGGCGUAAAAUGUGUAUGCAUCACUGUCCAUGGUGCCCCCAUUUGUAUAUCCUAGAAAACUAGCUCGUUCCAGUACAAUCUUCAGUAGUAUAGCUGCAUGGGUUUCAAUCAUGAUAUGACUGGCUGUGUACUAACCUCUGCCGCCAUAUAUCCGACUGUCUGCGACUAUUUUACUUAGCAGUAUAGAUACUUGAUCACUGGACUGGAUGACCAUCCAUGAUCUAUCCGAUGUUCGUCCUCAGUGGUCCACUGGUGCCUGCAAACAACGUACGCACAAAUUCCAGCUUCCAGGCUUAUUCUUUGUUCCUUUUGAGCGCCCACGACUACGUUCAGGCGCCUCCGACAUGACGACGUGGGCGCUUGAACUAUACAUGCGGUGGUUCGCGAGAAAUUAAAUAAAAUCCCAGGUAGGAGGAAAGGGAUUGUUCAUCAAGUAUCAAGUGGUACAUGGCGCAUAGAAG